AGCUGGACCUGUCCAUAGUGUUGUUGUCAGUGAUGGGCAUCAUUCUGGAGGAGAUUGACUACAAUGCUUCUCUACCCAUCAACCCGACCAUCAUCAGAAUCAUGAGGGUGCUGCGGAUAGCACGAGUUCUCAAGCUAUUGAAGAUGGCUACAGGAAUGAGAGCUCUUCUAGAUACAGUGGUUCAGGCUCUACCUCAGGUGGGGAACCUGGGCCUGCUGUUUAUGUUGCUGUUCUUCAUCUACGCUGCUCUGGGGGUGGAACUGUUUGGAGAGCUGGUGUGUAAUGCUGACUACCCGUGUGAGGGCAUGAGUCGGCACGCCACCUUCGAGAACUUUGGCAUGGCCUUUCUCACCCUCUUCCAGGUCUCCACCGGAGACAACUGGAACGGCAUCAUGAAGGACACCCUGCGUGAGUGCCCUCCAGGACCCAGUGACUACCCGUGCCACGCUGGACUCCAGUUCAUCUCCCCCAUGUACUUUGUCUCCUUCGUCCUCACCGCCCAGUUCGUACUCAUCAACGUGGUGGUGGCUGUGCUCAUGAAGGUACUGUAUGGGGACACACACAGCGCAGACCAGUCUGUCCUCAUAAAACACACACACCGACACACACCACUGUGCAAUGCUGUGGAACUGAAUCACCUGGACGACUCAAACAAAGAGGCCCAGGAGGAUGCUGAGAUGGAUGCAGAGAUUGAGCUGGAGCUAGCCCAGGGACAACUCCAACUACCCACCUGCUGCAUGGGGGGGCUGGGCACUGGGCUGGUCGUGGCUGGGGCCUCUGGAGCGCCUGGAGAGAGAGAGAGCCAGUGGUUGGACAGUGUAUCUCUGCUGAUAAAGGACUCAUUUGAAGGAGAGAUGCUGAUGAUUGACAACCUCUCUGGAUCUGUCUUCCAUCACUACUCAUCUACCUCUUCUCCUGUCUGGAAGGACUACAAGGGGAAUCUGCAAGAGAUCCGAUUGGCUGAGGUGGAGCAGGCGUCUCUGAUGUCAGAGCAGUUGUCUGACAAGUCAUCAUCACCUGCCCUUCCUGAUGAUCUUAGUCUGGACGACCACAGUGACUACCAGCUCAUGGUCAGGGACGGCAAGGAGGAGAGAGGCAGCAGUGACUCCCACAGUUCUGAGGAACUGAGGGGGAUUCAGGCUGGGUGUGGAGGGCGUUGGGGGCACGGAGGUUCUCGACCCCACAGCAGAGGCCCUGAAGAUGGGGUAGGAUUCCUGCUAGAGGUGGGUGCCCAGCCCCAGUUCCAGAGCCAGUCUCUCCAGUUCCUCCACCACAACAGAGAUGGUGAUGGCCAUCACAGUGACCAGGUUGGCAGUGUCGGAUGUAGAGGUUCCUCCUCUCCUCUCUUCCAUCUCCCUGUGGAGUUCUUUCACCCCGCCACAGCCACAGCGGUCCCCCCACCCAUCCACAGGACGGGGGUAGACCCAGGGGGGAGAGAGGCAUCCAGGCUGCCUUCCCCAGCCUCCUGGUCCUCUCUGCGCUCCCCAGGGGCCAACAGCAGCGUCCUAGACUCCCCAGGGGUCAACAGCAGAGUCCUAGACUCCCAAGGGGCCAAAAGCAGGAUCCUAGACUCCUCAGGGGCCAACAGUAGGGUCCUAAUUUCCCAGCACCCGUCCCACAGUGACUCGUCCCUGGCCACAGGCAGCUCCGAGGGAAGCCUCCAGACCACCCUGGAGGAAGGUCUCAGCUUUAGCGUCUCCCCCCCCAGAGGAGACCUGGGACUCUCCCUGGCCCUGCCUCUCCUCUGCCCUCUCCCCCUCCCUCACCUCGACGAAACACGACAAACUCCCAGAUCGCUGGGUCACCCCUCAAUGAGAGGCCGCAGUACAGCAUUCAACCUCCAAGCCACUAGAGGGCACCAGAGGAGCCAGAGCAGCUGUGGCAGCAGCACCAGUCCCGGGUGCCCAAGGCAAGACUCUAUGGACCCUUCAGAUGACGAUUGUGGGAUAGGGAUGGGAGGCGAAGGAUCCAGUAAGGCUUUUAACAGCGAACGUUUAUCAGAGACACUUAGUAGUUUGUCUCUGACGUCACUGCUGUCACCUAGCUCCCUGGCACCCCCUCUGGUGAAAAAAUGUAAUAGCACUGGGAGUUUGGACCAGGCAAAUCUUUCUGUCAGGAGUAAAGAUGGACAACAGUACUAUGAGAUAGAUGCUCAUGGGUACCUCACCAACCCUUGGACUGAGAAGAGGGGUGGACAGGAAGGGGAGAUGGGGUUUGGAGUUAAAGGUACGAGCCAGAUGAUGGAUGCCGGCUCGAGGAAAAACAGAUGAAACUUUAUCUAUCGGUUGGAACUUUUUUUUCUUCUCCAGAGGUGUUUGAUUGAUAUCUGUUCAAUGAACUCGUCUCCUCCCUCUUUCUCUCUCUCGUUUUCAUCAGUGAGAUGGCCAUGUUCUCUUCUUUCCAUGACGAUUGGGUGAAAAUUGAAGCUGAGGAAUUGGUAUACAUUUUGUGGAGGAUUACAAUGACUUCUGGGUAAUGGAGUUUAAUUAAGGCAUCUCAUUUUCUGAGACAUGUGGAUAUUCUUUGAGAGGACUACAGCAAUGACAGGACCCUUGAAAAACAUGCUAAUUAUGGGCUUGCAUGGAGCAUAGUCGCCCUCAUCCAUACACCCAAAGAAAAGCAAAAACAAGUACCAAAAUGUGAAUUUCAUGUGAGCAUUGUCGGAACAAUGAUGAAACUCCAAACAUUGAUGAAACUACAAAAGAAAACGAUUGCGAAACAGGGCUAGCUUAGCUUAGAGGCUAAUGCUAACGCACCUGUGAUUGACAACAGGGCUAGCAUAGCCCAGUGGCUAAUGGUAGUCGAAUGGUUUUGUCGUCUUGAAAAAAGACAAUGCUCAUUAUUAAGAUAAGCAGAUUGUAGAGUCCUUUCGAUGAGACUUUGUACAGAGUUGUAGUUUUUUAUUCACAUCUAUAAGGUAGCAUUGAUUACCGACUUUUUCUUUGAGCUUAACAUUUGAUAGGUGAAAGAAAAUCAAGGUUGCAUAUUUGACGGGUUUUCUAGUUCUAAAACAUAUUGGAUCUGUAUGAAUGCAGAUGUGUCCCUCUGUGUGUGUUCGGGUGAGAUAUAAAGGCUAAUCUAGAAAUACUACAAUUAGCAAAAGGGCACCUUUUGAAUGGAAAAUAAAUCAAUAUGUGAGAGCUAUAGUGAAGAGACGUGGGGAGUGAAUGAGAACAUAUGCCGUACCAUAGAGGAAUAGGCCAUGUUCUCAUGAAUCACCCAUGAACCAAUGGCUUCAGAGAAGAUGCUCUCCUGUCCCUACUGGAUAGAUGCACCAUAUCCAAUGAGAGAUCGAGAUCGGACGCCAUCUUGGUUGGUGAAACACAAUGUAAAACAAAGUCCCGGUCAGUUUCACAAAAUGGAGUUCUUGUCUCUUGUCCCCCCUUGUUGACAUUUGUGCAGCGUUGUGUAUCGACGUUUUGAAGGAAAAUUGUAUACCUCAGGUGGAUGACAGAAAACACUGAAGUGGAUCUCUAAAAUAUUGUUUUCAACGCUCACACUCAGAUGGUCACAUAAAUACACAAGCGCACCCACACCACAACCACAGAGAUGUCAAAGAUGUCCGCUUACCUGCAGUAUGUUUUGGUUUUUCUUGAAGACAGGAAAAGAUCAGAGAGGAACAAAUCUCUCACUCGAUCGCUCGUCGUCCAGCUUAUCCUCCUUUCAUUCUUUCUCAUUAUCCGUUAGAAUUAAAGGGGCACUCCACUAUUUUCUAAGCUCAUAUUCAAUAUCUCCAUGUGGACACCGGCAGGUUGCAGGAAGGACAGUAGGAAUAUCAGGUUAAAUAAGUAGUGAAGUGCCACUUUAAAAUACCCAGUUGGAAAAGCCAGUUUAUUUCACAUAUUAUCCCCCUGAGUAUGAGAUAUGCAAUAUGUGAAGCAUACAGAUAUAUAUGACACAGGUAUAGGUAGGAGAUAGGCAAGAGGGUUCAAAUAUAUCGCUAUUAUGUAUUACAGUAAAAUGUCAAUAGGCUCCAAUGAGAUUCAAAGGUCAUUCAAUUAUGAUGUGUUAGAAUGUCUGUGUAUUCCCAGAUGGUAGGAUCAGGAUGUCUUUUGUUCUUGUCUUUUCCCCCGCCCGCUAAGUUGCAUGUUGUUAUUCUUUUGUGAAAUGUCAUUUUAGAGUCAUAAAAGUGGAUUAGCUUCUCAACCUCGGCGGAUUCUUGAUUCUUUAACAUGGCGACUCGUCUCAUUUACAGGACGCGUCAUCGUUCAUUUGAAUGUCGGACCCUUUUCAUCUUCCCAUGUUAACCUUUGACCCUUUUCAUCUUCCCAUGUUAACCCGUUGAACCUUUUCAUCUUCCAAUGUUAACCGUUGACCCUUUUCAUCUUCCCAUGUUAACCUUUGACCCUUUUCAUCUUCCCAUGUUAACCGUUGACCCUUUUCAUCUUCCAAUGUUAACCGUUGACCCUUUUCAUCUUCCCAUGUUAACCUUUGACCCUUUUCAUCUUCCCAUGUUAACCCGUUGACCCUUCAUCUUCCCAUGUUAACCUUUGACCCUUUUCAUCUUCCCAUGUUAACCCGUUGACCCUUUUCAUCUUCCCAUGUUAACCUUUGACCCUUUUCAUCUUCCCAUGUUAACCCGUUGACCCUUUUCAUCUUCCCAUGUUAACCUUUGACCCUUUUCAUCUUCCCAUGUUAACCUUUGACCCUUUUCUUGAGGCACCCAAAGUCUCAUUCUGUCCCAAAUGUUCAUUGAUUAGCAACUGUGUGGGAACCCUAGCAGUUGAUAGCUCCAUUUCAAUGCAUAAUUCCCAGUGAAGACUUAUUGAACGGUAGACUCUUUCACACGAGAUGUUGUCUGUUUUGAUUGUAAGGACGAAGUGCAGGUUUGUUAGUGCUGCCUACAUGUGUAUGUCAUUUUGAGAGUAGAUUUGUAAGGAUAGAAUAUCACAAUUAGAAAAGAACACAAACCCAACCUGUGUAUUAAUGCAUAUUCAUCCGUGUCAAUGUUGAAACUCUAAAUCUGGUGUUCUUCUUCUCUCUCGCUAAACAUAACGGGUUCCAAACUACUCCAACUAUUCAAAUAGCCUUCUUCAUUUACCUUGGGCAUUCCUCUUGGUUGUUCUAGCUCAACAAACAGAUAGACCAAGUCAGAGAUAUAAGCUAAAAGAUGAUCAAAUCAAAUAGAUACUUCAGUGUCUCUUAGGACCCUGACGUGUGUGUGUGUGUGGAAAUAAGGAUAAUAUCUUUGACAAAUAUUUGAAAUGAGAAACCGUGGGUUUGGCACUUGUAGUUGGCUUCAGAUUUAAUCACUUGGUGCACACAAAUAUAAAUGUCAUAUUGGUUACUUUACAACAGCAGAUUUGUCUUUGCCGGGUUUUUAAAGCCCCUUAACGUUCCAUGAUGCUAACACCAUGUUAAAAUACAAACUUCACGAGACUACAUAUGUUCAAACAUAUUUUGUUCACAGACAUUUCAAAAGAUUUGAGGCCAGAAGAGAUGUUGUUUACUAUAAAAGGCUGCUAUUCAACCAACCGGGUGUUUAGUAAGCCUUUGAUACAGUAUCGGAAAUGAACAUAUCACUUAUCUCUUCACGUCAGAUUAGAAGCUGUUCAGUCUCACAGAGAUAUAUCAGAUGGCAGUUUAUCUUCUCUUUUCAUUUUCCCCCUCUUUUCUUUGUUUUUCAUGUCCUGCUGUCUUCAGAGCCGUGUCUCACUGUUUAGUGUCUUAAAUGAUGAACCGUAGCAUCACAGUCUUCCUCACACAGCUUCCAACACUAGAGAGUGUUUGACAUCUACAAGUAUCAAAGAGAAGCGUAUGACUCUUAGCAGCAGGUGUGUUUGUCUACUUGAAUGAGUGUGUGUGUUUGUCUGCUUGAAUGAGUGUGUGUGUUUGUGAAUGCUCGUCCCUCUGCCCGAAAUAUGACCUACUACACCAUUGUAGGAAACGGCUGCAAUUGAAGAAAGAAAUUGAUGUAUGAAAGUCAUUGAUCCUAGUCACAAUCUUUCCUGUGGGUUUCUUGGUAUUCAGCAGCAACAUGCACAUGAUCAGCUAGCCAAGCCUUCAUUCAAACACUAUUAAGUGCAAACAACACUAGCUUUCUGUGACUGGGUCUCGUCCUCUAAGUUUGAAAGGGUUUUUAACAUCAAUCUAUGGUAGCGUUGCAAAUGGCCCUCUAUUCCCUAUAAUACCCUGAGGUUAAAAGUAGUGCACUAUAUUGGGAAAAGGGGGCUAUUUGGGACAAGUCUGUAACACUUGUACACCUGGGGUUUUACCUCCCUUGAGAGAACCCGACUGAUCGAAAACACAUGCACGCACACACACGCACACACGCAUGCACAUGCACACGCACACACACACACACACAUACAUACAGACACACACACACACAGCUUGAUACGCUGGUACACCUGCGGCUCCCUCCUCCCCCCUGGAGAGAACCUGUCUGAUCAAAAGACUGCUUACGUGAACAGGCAUUUAACCACUAACACACAGCUGUCCACAGCAAUCUACAAGCCCUUGAUGAACUGUACUCACAUUCUAUUGAAUUAGAUGAAGACAGAGAGACAGAGAGAGAAGCACAAAGGUUACUAGGUGUGUUUGAUCAGACUAACACAAGAGAAGGAAGAAUAGGAAUGAAUAGGGAUGAAUGAGAGUGAAAGGAUGGUAAUGGUAAUAGGUGUGUAGUGUGUAUACACACACACACACACACACACACACCUUCGCUGGCAUGACCCCAGCCUUAGCUUGUUAGAUGUUGGCCAGCUGUGGAGAGGGUUGAUGUUGAAUUGUGUUCUGGGUGCGUAUGGACAUCUGGGAUACAUGGAGGGAGGGAGCAAGGGAGGAGAGAGGUAGCGAGCGCGCGAGAGAGGGAUGUGGAAGGGAGGGAGGGAUGGUCCUUUGAAGUUGUCACCCUCAGGAUACACAGGUUCUCUCUUCUCUCACAUCUCAGAACAGUUGAUGUAAUGGAAUAGAUAUGCAGUUUAACACUGUUCAAAGUGCCAUCACCUCAGAGUAAAGAGAGGGAUGCAGAGAAAGAGAGGGGGGGGGGACAGUGCAUGUGAUGUGUGAAUUCAUGCUGUCAUUGCUGUGUGUGUCACUCAGUUAUAGGACCCUUCGGUAGCAACGCAGCAUAUGGAGGUGUCUAUUCACCUGCCAUUUGAACACAGGCAGUGACAAGACCACCCGUGGGGUCCUAAUGUGUCAACAGUAAUUAAGCAUUGUUCAAGUCAACGUCCCCAUCUCCGUACACUGUUAGUGCUGCUCUGUAAACUAGCGUGUCUUGAUUGAUUUAGCUUGACAGGUAGCUUAGAGGUGAUGUGAUCUUCGUCUGACUGACAGAUUGAGCCGUCACAUUGACUUAAUUGAACACUAAUUAAGAUGGUAGACGCCUGUUACAGACUACAACUGUCCCAUUGGUUAUAAUGGAUGGAGUUCAGAUGACUUUACACCGUGUGAUACAAUAGGCUGAUUGGUCUUCUCAAACCAAUGGGAAUAUGUCACUGAUUUCCAAAAACACACCAGUUUGCACCUUUACGUGAUUGUCUUCAUAUUGUGUUCCGUUGAAUGAAACCUGGGUGGUUUUAAAUGAUCAUGUAUACAAGGUGGGAUGAAUCUAUUCACAUGUCAUCAUCCAAAAGCAGUUUUCAUAACAAAGGGGGGAAAUGAGAAAUAAAAAUAAAAUGGAUCAUUACGAACUGCAGAGAACGCCUUCACGUGGAAACAUAAUGUGAUUUAAUAAAUGAUGUUUUGUUGCAGGGGAAUGUGGAUUAUACGUACAUGCACACACACACUAAGACCAAACUUAAGAGCUUUACCACUUGAUUGCAUUCUUUACAGAAAUAAGAAGAUAAGAACUCUCUCAAUUUAAUUGGAAUUCCUCUAAAAUAUAUAUAUUGCAAUGCAACACUAGUGGGUUUUAGAAACUGGUGGGCUCAGAUAGCCAAUUAAUCACUGAAGCGGCUACAUGUGUUUUGCUGUCACAGAGUCUUUGUUUAAUUGAGGUGAAUGACAACGAAGAGCCUGUAGAUGAAGACAUGCAAUUACCAGCCUAUUUCCUUAUCUAGGCUUAGGGUUUAUGACCAUAUAAGGACCAUAUUCAGUCACAUAAAGUACUUGUACAUGAAUAGUGCAAGGAGUUAAUGAGUACAGUCUGUGCGUGUAUGUGUGUGUGUGUGUGUGUGUGUGUGUGUGUGUGCUUUUCAUUAGCCUAAUAGGCAGUCAAAUUGGUAUUACUACAGCCCAAUAAGAUACUUGAUAUCCCCUCCUCUGUUUCAAUUACUGAAACCACAGUGAAGAGAAAUAUAAUGGAAAGCAAAAUUAUUGUCAUUGUUGAUGAGGUUUCCUCUCUCAUCUGGUCUGUGUGUGGUGUCAGUGUGUGUCUGAUUGAGGUUGAAGGGGGACGUGCUGUAUGUGUGUGUGUGUGUGUGCAUCCGUGUGUGUGCGCAACUACAAGUAUGUGUGUGUGUGUGUGUGUGUGUAUGCGCUCGUGUGUCACCAUCAUGAUCUAUCUGUGCUCGCUCUUAAAGGACAAACACAUCAAUCACAACAGCGGCCAUUUUGUUCUGAAUAAGAAAAGGGGUCAGUAGGCUAGCUCAGGCUAACUCAGGAAUCUCCAUGUAUUUACAUAGUGCUGGUACUGUACAACCAAUAUUAUCUUGAGAAACCCAUUCAUUUAUUUAUUUUCAACCAGCAACUAACUCUUUUACUCUCAAACAGACAGAUCCCACUCAUUCCAAAACCAUUUCCCAUGUCUCAUUUUCUCAGAUCACAUUGUCUCCUUCCCUCUCCUCUCUCUGUCACUCUGUCCUCUCCCUCUUUAGCGCAGCAAUCAGACUCUCGUAAGGGAAGGAGACAUUUUCAUGACAAUGUGAUCUGUAAAGCUCAAAGAGGGUAAUAGUGGUAGAGCAUUGAUGUGUGUGUCUGUGAACAUCUCUUCCUCCACAUGAGAAAUGGUUGUGGAAUGAGUGGGAUCUGUCUGUUUGAGAGACGUUGAUGUAGAGAAUUCAUAUAGUCCUUUGAGUAUUUCCCCCUCCACUCACCCCGAACAUUUCACAUGUCAACCUGUGUGUUUCUGUGUGUUGUCACCUGUCAUAAACACAUUACACGCACAUCGUGUUUAUGACCAUAUAAGGACCAUAUUCAGUCACAUAAAGUACUGUACAUGAAUAGUGCAAGGAGUUAAUGAGUACAGUCUAUGUGUGUGUGUGUGUGUGUGUGUGUGUGUGUGUGUGUGUGUGUGCUUUUCAUUAGCCUAAUAGGCAGUCAAAUUGGUAUUACUACAGCCCAAUAAGAUACUUGAUAUCCCCUCCUCUGUUUCAAUUACUGAAACCACAGUGAAGAGAAAUAUAAUGGAAAGCAAAUUAUUGUCAUUGUUGAUGAGGUUUCCUCUCUCAUCUGGUCUGUGUGUGGUGUCAGUGUGUGUCUGAUUGAGGUUGAAGGGGGACGUGCUGUAUGUGUGUGUGUGUGUGUGUGCAUCCGUGUGUGUGCGCAACUACAAGUAUGUGUGUGUGUGUGUGUGUGUGUGUGUAUGUGCUCGUGUGUCACCAUCAAAUGUACAUUUGUUGAUUGCUAGGCAUACAAAUCAGAUGAUUUAUUGGUACAUUUGAAAUUAGGUGUAGUUGUGUCCGCAACCGGACUAGAUUGUGAAUGACUCUUGGUGGAAUGCAUUGCUUGACUGCCGUGAGGGUGAUCAGCACAAUAUCAUUUGCGAACUGCUGCCACCCAAACAAUUCUCGAGAUUGAGUUUGUUGAGCAGAGACUGUGUGUGUUUUUGGUUCGACAAAGCAGUGUCAUAACAUUCAAUAAUCAUUGAAUUGCAGUCAGUGUUGCACCAUGCGAUCAUUUAUCAGUUAUGAUGUCUUUGUAUUCUCUACACUGCCUGGAGCAUGAUCUGUUGAGCCUGAGCUCAUAUAUGACAGACAGGUGUGGUGAGAUCAUAUAUGACAGACAGCUGUGGUGAGAUCAUAUAUGACAGACAGCUGUGGUGAGAUCAUAUAUGACAGACAGCUGUGGUGAGAUCAUAUAUGACAGACAGGUGUGGUGAGAUCAUAUAUGACAGACAGCUGUGGUGAGAUCAUAUAUGACAGACAGGUGUGGUGAGAUCAUAUAUGACAGACAGCUGUGGUGAGAUCAUAUAUGACAGACAGCUGUGGUGAGAUCAUAUAUGACAGACAGGUGUGGUGAGAUCAUAUAUGACAGACAGGUGUGGUGAGAUCAUAUAUGACAGACAGCUGUGGUGAGAUCAUAUAUGACAGACAGCUGUGGUGAGAUCAUAUAUGACAGACAGGUGUGGUGAGAUCAUAUAUGACUGACAGCUGUGGUGAGAUCAUAUAUGACAGACAGCUGUGG